AUGGCGGUACGACAGCUGAAGUGCCAUACAGAGAAAGGUUUGGAACGAUAUGGACUGGAUGUGUCCCCAGGAUCACCCGCUCUUAUGGACGGCACCCAUAAGCGCGGGGGAGCAUUCACUGCCGCGGGUAGGGUGGAUGCGUCUGAGUACCGGGCCUUUGCAGAGCAUGUGCACGUGAUGGAUGUGAAAGGUCCUCCAGCUGAGGGCUACUACAAGCGGCUGAAGGAACUCGUGCUUGAUCAGGCCAAUUCCUCUGAAGCUGAAGUCAUUCGCCUGGACCAAGUGACUUGUGACCUUUCUCCUGGUGACGGACGGUGGCGUUGGGUCACACGAGAAACGAUCCUGCACAAGUUCGAGCUAUGGUCGGCUGGUGGGGCAAACUGGGGACCAACAAUCCAGCUCUGUGGAUCAGACGUCGUGGUAGUUGGAGCGCUGCACCCAGAACACUUGCACAGGCAUCGCAUCAAUGGGAAGAGGCAUUGCAAUUCUGCCAAGUCCGCGCAAGCGUUGUGGCAAAAACGGCCUGACCUUCGAAGCCACUUUGCCAAACUCGCCCAGCAAAAUGUCCAAAAAAAUGAAGAAGCCCGGAAUGCCUUCCUUCAAGGAGUGCAAGCCCAGCCUGCAGUGAUGACCCCAUGCUCUAAUGCUGAAAAGGCAAAGCCAGAAGCCAAUGGCUUCCUUCUCAAUGGAGUGCGUUUGCAUAUAAAUACUGUGUUAGGGCAAGGCACCUAUGGUGCGGUAUGGAAGUGUACACUUGAUGGGUUGGCUUUGGAGUUUGCUUUGAAGUUAUACAAAUGCAAUCAAGCAGGGUAUGCUUUGGUCGAGGCUGGCAAGGAGUUUCAAUUUUUUCGGGACCCGCGCGGCUCUCCAUUUGUAUUGGAUUGCUACGGAGCUGUCGCCAAUAGCAAUGGGAACACUGGCUUGCUUCUUCCAUUGGCAUCAAUGUCUUUGGCGAAUCUCCUUCAGAAAAAAGAUCACCCAACACCAGCUAUCCCAACUAUUACCCAGUUGCUGUGUGGCCUAGUUCAUUUGUGUGAGCGAGAAGUUCUGCAUUGUGAUUUGAAGCCAUCCAAUAUAUUGGCUAUGCCUGAUGGCCGCUUCGUGAUCACUGACUUUGGCUUGGCCAAGCGGCUCCAUGGUGGGCGUGUGACAACCCAUGGGAAUUUUUGUUACAGUAUGCCUUACCGGCCUGUGGAGGCAUUAGCUGCUGGAAAAGACCAGGUCAUCCUGUCAGAUUGCGCAGAUGUCUGGAUCUGGGCAAAGGAGUACGAGAACUUGGGCUUUGGUUUCCUUCUCUGGCGGUUUGGCUUGAUGAUUUGCCGGAUGCCUCCUUCGCUGAGCAGCAGGCUGCUUCCUGGACCAGAUGCUCCACAGCAACGUGUGAAGGCGUUUGCGGCAGAUGUUGACAGCGCUGCCUUGCCCUUGUUGUCAGCAUUUGGUAUGGCGUUAAAGGAGAAGAUGAAGGACCCACAGUGGCCCUCUCAGUUGGGCAUUCCUUCGGAGUCCUCCUUGAGAUCUGCUGCAGACUUCAUCGAAGGCUCAGCUUCCUCUGGGGUGCUCCCAGCAGCAGCAGCUGCGCUGUCCAGAGUGGAGAACCAGGUGCGAGAGGUGGUUUGUCGCUGCUGCGCCGAGCCGGUGAUGCGCAUUCUGAAGGACUAUCCGGAGAUGCCAGAAUGGAAUCUCCAGUCCGACGAGAUCGCCCAUGGUCCUUUGCAGUGCAUCACCUUGGUGCCAGAACAUCUCUUCUCGUUGAUGCCGCAACUGGAGAAGUCCCAGGAAGGCUCUGAGCUUCAAUGGCUUCCAGCGAUCCUAGAAGCCUCUGUGGAUGUGGUGGUCGACAAGGUCAUGAAGAUCAGAGAGCUCACAGCUGCGGGCGCCAGUCAGUUGGCGGUGGAUUUGGAAUACCUUCGCAAGGUUCCAGAUGCCUUGGGCAGCACUGGAGGAGCUGAUGGCGCUGCGGGGCGCUUGAAAGACCUGCUGGAGACGGUGGAAUAUUUGGCCUUGCAGCAGCGGCGCAAGAAGGAG